AAGCUGUUGCUAAGCGACUCAAGUGUACACAAUACGUCCUGCAUGGAGUAAGUACUCGCUUACAAGAGGCGAGUGUGAAAUUAUCAACGUAAUAAUGUGAACAAUGUAAAUAAAAAGUCAUUUGAUCGAUCGAGAGUUUUGUAGGACUCUUUGCAAUUAGCUGGUAUUGAAUACCAUCAGGAAUCAUCAUGUUACUCAAGUAUUUGGGGAACGUCAUGCCGCCGCAUGAAUAUGAGAACCGCGUGGUGAGUAUAGUCUGGUCACCAAAUAAUUUAAAACUUGCUGUUGCAUCUUCGGACCGUUCAAUAUAUUUGUUUGAUGAGAAUUGCGUGAAACGAGACCGCUUUCCAACGAAACCUGUCGAUUCUAAGUUUGGUAAAAAGAGCUAUGUAAUUAAAGGCAUAGCUUUCUCUCCAGACUCCACAAAAAUAGCAGUGGGCCAAUCUGACUGUAUAAUCUAUGUAUAUAAAAUUGGAGAACAAUGGGGAGAGAAGAAAGUGAUUUGCAAUAAGUUUCGCCAAAGUUCCUCUGUCACUUGCCUGAUUUGGCUCUCCGAGGGACCUAUUAUUGUUGGUUUAGUGGAUGGGAAAGUUCGUGCAGCUUUGCCAAAGUCUCAGAAAGCUCAAACCCUCUACACAGCUGAUUCAACAACGAUUGCACUGGCUUCAAAUAUAAGAGGUACUGGCUUCUUAUCCAGCCACGCCGAUGGCAGCAUCAUAAAGUAUAAUCUGACAGAGGAUGGAAAUCAUGAACCUUCUGGACGCAUCUGCACUCACAAUGUACCAGCGUACGCCUUGGCCUGGCCACAGUUCCACAUCCUAGCAGCAGGAUGCGACAAACGAGUAACUUUCUACGACGCCCGAGGGAAAGUUACCAAAACAUUCGACUACAGCCGUGAAAGCGACAAGGAGAUAUCGGUAGCAUAUUGUAGCCCCAGUGGACAGAGUGUUGCCAUUGGAUCCUGGAAUAAAAUACGAAUAUUGGACUGGAGUCCUAGACGUUCCAUCUGGGAAGAAGCGAACUCCAAAUCUUUGCCUAACUUUUAUACCGUCACCGCAAUCUCGUGGCGACGCGACGGGUCCCGGUUAGUAUUGGGCAGCCUAUGUGGAGCUGUAGAGCAAUUUGAAACAGUGCUGAAGCGUACAGUGAUAAGAGGCAGCCAUGAGGUAGCUUACGUGGGCCCCAAUCAAGUGGUCAUUCGUCCCCUGCAAGAAGGCAACAGGCCAGUAAUCAUCAGAUCACAGAUGGGCCAUGAGAUAGAGGACGUCAAGGUCUUAGGGCGUGCUGACAACAACGUGGUAGCUCGCACAGCUAACACGCUGCUGCUCGCAGACAUAGAAUUGAACCUUAUCAGUGAAAUUCCUUGGGACGACAAGAGCAACAGCGAGAAGUUCUUCUUCGAGUUCCCACGAGUGUGCUUAAUUUUCUGUUCCGGGGAGUUGAGCAUCGUUGAAUAUGGGAACAACGAGCUGUUAGGCUCGGUAAGAACGGAGGCGGUGAAUCCUCACGUUGUCAGCGUGAGGAUCAACGAGAGGCAAGUGCCUGGUGGUGCUGACAAUAAACGGUUAGCUUACCUAUUGGAUCCUAGAACGGUGCGCAUCGUAGACCUCAUGACAGGUAUCACGAUCGCAAUGAUUUCUCACGACGUACGCGUGGAUUGGUUGGAGUUGAGUGAAACUGGACACAGACUGUUAUCGCGAGACAAGAGGGCCAGGUUAUGGUUAAGUGACGAUUCGGGCGGUCGGACUUUACUGUUAACUGGAGUCAGCUUUGCCUCCUGGGUGCUAGGCAGCGACGUGGUGAUAGCUCAGACAGGUCAGACACUGGCAGUGUGGUACAACGUUGACGCUCCCGAAGUCGCCACUCUGAUUCCUGUGCGUGGAGACGCGGUGGACAUCGUUAGAGAAGACGGCAGAACUUCGGUAACCGUUGAAGAACUCGGUGGAAAAGUAGCUUACUUACUGGACGAACCGCUGAUCGAAUUUGGCACGGCCCUGCACGAUAACGAUUUUGGCAGGGCUCUGUUGUUUCUAGAGGAGUUAGCGGACAGGCCACAGGCAGAGGCUAUGUGGGAGGACGUGGCCAGAAAUGCCAUGGCUACCAGGCAGUUGUUAGUCGCUGCUAGGUGUUACGCUGCUCUGGGAGACGUGGCUUGCUCCAGGUUCCUUAAAGACAUUGUGAAGACUGGUGAGAAGUACAGCGCAGAGACUGGCAACGAUCCUCUUUCUAGUCCAGAUUGUUGGGCUAAACUGGCAAUUCUCAACGGCGAAUUGAAAACAGCGGAGGCAAUAUACCUGGAGCAAAACGAGUUAGCCCAAGCUCUGGACAUGUACCAGAAGUACUGGCACUGGGAGGAUGCGUUGAUCCUGGCGCAGAAUCGUGGGUGGCCAGGUUUACAAGAACUUAGAGACAGGCAUUUGACUUGGCUUCUUGAAAGUGGACAGGCAGCUAGGGCUGCUGCUAUCCUGGAGCCCACCAAUCCUCGACGGGCUGUGAAGUUGUACCUAGAAGCUCGUCGACCUGGACGAGCUGCCAGAUUGGUUUUAGCCGACGAUGAACUGUUGGAGGACAGUUCAAUAGUUAACGAAAUUGUGAAGGUAUUAAAAGCAACAGAUUUAAUGGAGCUUGCCGGGGAGUUACUGGAGAAGAUCUCAGAACACUUGGAAGCCAUCAGAUGUUAUGCGCAAGCUGGAGUGUUCGCCAGAGCGUUGGAAUUGGCUAGGAAAGUAGCUCCCACCAUGGUGGUGGAUCUUGAACGAGAUUGGGGUAAUCAUUUAGCUUCGGCUGGUCAUUACGACGCUGCCAUUAAUCACUUCAUCGAAGCUGGGGAAACUGCUUUAGCACUGAACGCUGCUAUAAAUGCUCAUCAAUGGAGGAAGGGCUUGCAGAUCGUUCAAGUAAUCGAGAACGAUGAUCCUGCAGUCAGAAAACAAUGCGAGAAGCUGGCCGAGUAUUUCGCCUCUAUAGGAGAAAAGAAUCUCGCGGAGAAACUCUUCAUUCGUUCCGGAGACGUGAAACGUGCUGUGGACGUCCACAUUCAAAACGGCAAUUGGAGUCGCGCCCACGAAGUGGCUCAGGAGCAUAUGAGUCACGAGGAAGCUAAUGAAGUAUUGGCUAAGCACGCGGCAGCCCUAAGCGAGGCGGGCGACCUCAAGCACGCAGAGGAACUGUAUCUUGCGAUAGGCGAGCACGACUCCGCCAUAGCAAUGUACAAAAAGGCAGGUCGUCGGACAGACAUGGUGAGGCUCGUAGGGAAAUAUAGGCCAGAUCUCUUGGAGCCGACUCAUGUACUCUUGGCGAGGGAGUUGGACGCUUCCGGCAAGCCUCGGGAAGCUGAAGAUCAUUACCUAGCUGCCGGAGAUUGGCGAGGUGCUGUGACUGCUUAUAGAUCAGCCAACAUGUGGGAGGAUGCGUUGCGAAUAGCUAAGCAGAAUGCUGGAGACAACGCUGCUCAACAGGUUGCUCUAAUGUGGGCCCGUACCUUGGCUCCAGAACUGGGAGCAAGGUUGUUGAUGCGGCUGGGUUACUUGGACGGAUGCCUUCAACUGGCCUGCGAGGCAGAUCUAUUCGACUGGGCCUUGGAGAUCGCCAAGUAUGGCACACCUGAACAGAAGAAGGAAGUCCAUUACAGACACGCUAUGGCCUUGGAGGACGCGGGUCGCUUCUCCGAAGCUGAGAAGGAAUUCAUUAAAGCGGGGAGAACCAUGGAAGCUGUGCAAAUGUACAUACACACUCGCAACUGGGAAACAGCUGAAGAUAUAGCGCAGUCCUUCAGCCAAGAAGCAGUUGCACAAGUUCUGAUCGCCAGAGCCAACGAAGCCGCUGAAGCUCAGGACUAUUCUCUCGCAGAGACCUUGUUGCUCAGAGCACACAAACCUGAAACGAUUAUAGAUCAUUACAAGAAAGCUGGCAUGUGGUCAGAGGCGUUGCGUGUAUGCAGGGAGUAUUUGCCGAGUCAGGAGGCGAACCUCAGACGAGAAUUGGGCCAGAAGAGCGCUUCGUUCAGUGGAGCAAACGCUUUCGAGGAAGCUAAGAAAUGGUUGGAGGUCGGAGAAGUGAAGGCUGCCUUGGAUAUCCUGAUUUUAGACCCCCAAGCCUCUAGGUCAUCUCUCAUUCGAGCUGCUGAGAUUCUGCUUCAUCAGGCGGACUCAGAAACUGCUGCACAAGUUGGGGGGAACCUUGGUUCGAGGCUGUUCGCUAUUGGUGAACAUGCUCUGGCUGCACAGGUGUUUCUGCAAGCGGAUAGAUUAAAGGAUGCCAUUGACGCUUUGACAUCAGUGGGAGAAUGGGAAAGAGCCAGGCGUAUAGUGAGGGAACUAGCACCGGAUAUCGAGCCUUACCUAGAGGAAAAGUAUAAGGACACGAUGCUGAGAGAUGGACAAAUAGACAGACUAGUGGAAAUUGAUGCAGACGCUGGUUUAGAAGUAUUGGCUAACAGGGGACAGUGGAACCAAGUGUUCGAGGCAGCAAGUUCUCAAGAUACUCAGACUCUCCACAAAUAUGUAGCACAGCGAGCAGUGCAACUUCUGAAAACGAAUGUCCCAUUAGAGGCUCUGCAGUUGUAUGCAAAAUAUGGAGCUCCACCUAUUCCACAGAAUUUUAACCUUUAUUUACAGUUAUCUGAAAAUGUCUUACAUUCCAAGGCAUACUAUGAAUACAAACACCUAGCUCUCCUCAGAACUGUCCUGUUGGACAUUUGGAAAAACCUGAAGGCCUCCAACAUGUCCAAAUCGAAAUUCGAGAGGUUACUCAAGUCGACCCACUAUUCAGCAGUGAAGUGUGGGUGUAAAGAUUACCCUGCACUGUCUGGAAUAGUUCUGAAGUCCUCUAUAGCUUUGUUAAGGUACACUGACCUCAUCCUCGUCGACAGAGCGUACUACGAAGCUGGCAUCGAAGCACGGACAGCUGGACUGAACAGCGAAGCUUUUGUUUUCCUGAAUCAUUUCCUGGACGUGGAGGAAUGCAUCGAUGAAGGUGAUAGCACUGUACUGGAUGUCGAUGACUUAGCUGUUACAGACUUUCCUGUGGAAGUUCCGUUGCCAGACUCUUUGAGUAUGACGUCAGAACAAAGGGAAGAGGUUCGUGAAUGGGUGCUCGCAGUGUCUAUGGAUCAAAAGGUGGAACAGGUUCUGCCUACUGACCACAGAGGAGUUUAUGUAGGAUCAUUGACGUCUCCUUCUGCAGAAGCUGCGCCUAUUCAGGAAUGCAUUCUGACAGGAUAUCCCAUACGGGGUUCAGUAAUUCGAUUCUCAGAGGGUGAACGUGUUGCUGAUCGCGACGACUGGACGAAAAUGAUCAACACGGCACGCCAGGCUCCCCACGAAUCUACUCUUAACGAUAUUCUAGCUUUCAUUCAAGAGUGGUGCGGCCCGAUACCCACUUAUUCCUUCUGAACACAUUCCACAUAGUUUUUAAGUUGAAGGCUACAUAAUAAAUGUGAAGAUACUGAAGUAGGUAUAUAAGAAACAUUUGUAAUUCACAGUUGAACCAUCGCAUCGUUGCAGAUCUAGUUGUAACGCCGUUUAAGAUUUAGUUUAAUGAAUUGAUUUCAGUGUUCACGAUCAGGAGGAAAUAUAAAACCAGUAAAA